GCUCGCGCUUCCGGCCUAGUAAUCCACUUGUUGACGAUAGAGACGGUGGUAGACGGUGUGUUUCAAGUUAAACGGACAUGUUAAUCUAAAUAAUUAGUCCAGUUUUCUUUGAGUAAGCGCUAUGUUGGGCUUGAGGGAAGCCGGCGUUGUCGGUUUCUCCGUGGCUCUGGCUGGAGGAUUGGCUUACGUCUUUUGGAACUACACGAUCGACUCCCGGCAAUCCGGUGAAAGUCGCCCGGGGGACGAGGCUGAGAGGCGAAGGCCCACCGAAGAAAAGCCGAAGAAAGAGGAGGUAGACGCGAGUGGAAAAGACGUCGAGGAAACUGUCGCCGAAGCCCGUGUUGAGGCUGUUUGCACCCCCGAGAAAGCGCAGAAAGUAUCGGAGCAGUCAAAGUCGUUGAAGCCAGAAGGGACCCAAGUGCUGGUUCUGGGUCUGGAUGGAGCCGGAAAAUCCAGUCUGCUGUACUGUUUGGCCAUUGGCGACCUGGACGUGGACAUUCAGCCGACGCAGGGCUUCAAUGCCGUCUCCAUUAACAAAGAAGACCUGCACGUUGAAUUCCUCGAAAUUGGCGGCAAGGCAGAGCUAAGACCUUAUUGGCCAAGGUACAUGUCCAAGGCUCUGCUGCUGGUGUUCGUGGUGGACUCGGCGGUGCCGCAGCUCUUUGGUGUUGCCAAGGCACAGCUGCACAAGCUGCUCAAUGACUACCCCUGCCUGCCUCUAAUGGUACUGGCCAACAAGCAGGACCUUCCGGGCGCCUGCAGCAUUACCGACCUGCACGAGGCGCUGGAGCUUUCCGAGGUGGGAGAGCGAAAAAUGUUUCUUAUCGGCACAUACGUCAAGAAGGGUGAAGCGGAAGUCACCUCUGGUGUGCGGGAUGCCCGAGAGCUGAUCAUCCAGCUGGCUGGCGACAAGUAAACGGCAGCAAGUCCCAAUGUUCUCGUUGCACCUUGUUCACUCGGGUCCCCGAAAUCUGCGCAACUGAAACGAAACUUAACCAAAGAUGUUCUCAAUGUUUUUGUAGUAAAUAGGGAAUGUUUUUGCACCACUUUUUUGAGUAAUAAUACUACUUUUAUAUGAUUUUCCAUGUAACUUUAAGUACACAGCCAUUACAGAGAAGAACAGGUUAAAGUUGUAAUGUUACAAGGAAAAAAGUAAUGUACCGUUUGUGACCCUAAAAGAGUCAAUUCAUAGUCUUACCAAAAGUUAGUUGAUAAAAAUGACAUGAUUUUCCAAGUAAAAUAUUCUGAUUAUUGUUUUAUAAUGACUUUUUUCCAUGUUCUAUUGUGACUUUCCCCUCAUAAUAUAUCAUUCUGGAAAUGUGAUUACCU